CACGAAUCAAUUUCUAUUUGAAGGUAUUGAAAGGAAAUUAAUUAUCGCGAGUUUUGCAUUUUUUAUACUCAUCUACACUCGCGGAUUCUGUGUAAGUCACCACCGCUUAUCAUUUAAAGUCAUUCGGGGUUGUUUCCAUAAGUUUCACCCAAGACGAACCCUCAUGCAUAACUACAAAAAACUGCUCUCCACUCUCGCAAGGGUGUUUUUUACAUGCAUAAUUGUGCCCCUGCCAGCUUGCCUGACUAACGAUAUAGCUACCCCUUCCACCGUCGCGCUUUACACAAUCUUACCACAUGGGUAUUGUUUAUGAUUUAAAAAAGAGACACAAAAGCAGGUACGUGCUCGUGAACUCCAAACAUAAACUCCGACAGAAUUAUGUAUGUAGAUAAGGGUAGAAAAAAAGUAAUCUCGCUUUUUUACUAAUUACAAUGAUAUCGAGAAACGUCGAGCCAGCAAGAAGGAAAUCUUAAUUUUUGGAAAUCAGUUGCUUGGCGUAUUUCAUCUCAGCCACAAUUGUUCUCCAAUAUUAUUAAACAGUUUUUAUUGCUAAGUUACAGUCAUUCAGAGCCAUUCAAAUAUGGAAAAUAAGAAGGAGUAUUUACGUUGUUUGAUGCUUUUCUAUUUCCGCAAAAAUAAAACAGCUACCGAGACGAAAAGAAAGAUUUGUGCGGUGUAUGGCAAUGAUGCUGUCAGUGAGCGAGUGGUACAAAUUUGGUUUUCAAAAUUUCGAAAGGGCGACACAAGUUGUGUGGAUGGACAACGUACUGGUCGUCCUGGAGUGGCAGAUUGUGAUAAAGUGAAAAUGUUAAUCGAAAGAAAUCCACAUUUUACUACAAAAAAAAUUGCCGAAAUAAUUAGUUUAUCAGAAAAAACCGUUGCUGACUACUUACUACGUCUGGGAUAUGUAGUUAAUGGGGAUGGUUGGCGCUUUGACGACUCUGCUGCAAAAUGUAAUGACAACAACAGCAACGAAUCACUUAAUGAUGAGGAGACUAGUGUUGCAGAGACGGAAGCAAUCGGUUACUGCAACGAAGAAUUUGCAUACGAACAUGCUCUCAAUUGUAAUGUUCAAAUCGCCCCAACGGAAGAAAGCAGCCCCAUUCCCCGUCCACCAUCUGCUUCUUUCGCGGACUUUACAUAUAUUGAAAAUGAUAACUACCACGAUAUUAUAAUAGCAGGAAAAGAAAAUGAUAACAUUGGCAACACCGGUUCAACUACUUUGCCCUCAUUUUCGGAAUUUUUUUCCAAUAUUUAUACCAGUUACCUUAGAGGUGACGACGGAUAUUGUGCAAUCGAAAAUAUAAAUAUCAACUCUGUGGAUACUUUUAAUGGUGGAUACCCGUUAAAAAGUUACGAUUAAAUUAUAAUCUAGUCAAACAAAAAACUGAAAAAUGUUGCAAUCAAAGAAGACUUAUUAUCUUCGAAAUCCUACGAAGAAACUUAGGUCUCUAAUAACAAACACAUAGUUCCUCUUUACUGCGAGUAUACACUAAUUUAUUGUAUUAUUAUAUAAAUACGUAUUUAAUCAAAUUUUCAGAGAGCAUUUACAUACUCUUUGUAUAACAAUGUUAUUAUUUCAAUAUUUAUUAUUUUUAAUGUAAGUGUCAUGUGAGACGCCACAAUUUAUAUAAAGAAAAUAAAAUCAUAACCUAAGCGAAACUUGAUUCCUAUUUAAAUGGCCUAGAAUAAAAAUGUAUAUUUUACGAGAAA